AUUUAAACGCGUGUGGCGUGUUAGAUGAUCGUGUCUGGAUUCCGCCGCUCUCAGCAGUAGAUUGUGGAUACACCUCGCAGUCAGUUCUUAGAUUUGUUCCGGUGUCAGCGCCUGCUCGGUGAUUCUCUAUAACGCAGAAAUGGCAAAUAUUGUUAAAACCAUCCUUGGACGUAGCCAAGUUCUACUUCACAACCCACAAUUCAGUAGCAGAUAUUACUGCGCAGCUAACAAGUCUUACGAAUUCAUCAAAGCUGAACUUACUGGAGCUAACAAAAAGGUCGCACUUAUCACUUUGAACCGUCCUAAGGCCUUGAAUGCUCUUUGCAAUGGUUUAAUGAGUGAAUUGAGUAACGCCUUGGAUGAAAUCGAGGCGAACAAAAAUGUAGCUGUUGUUGUCAUUACUGGCAGUGAAAAAGCCUUCGCAGCUGGUGCUGAUAUCAAGGAAAUGAAAGACAACACCUUCGCACAGUGCUUUGCCGGAAACUUUUUGAAUAACUGGAAUCGAGUAGCACGCAUGCAAAAGCCAGUAAUCGCUGCGGUCAAUGGAUAUGCUCUUGGUGGCGGUUGUGAGUUAGCCAUGAUGUGUGAUAUUAUUUAUGCCGGUGAUAAGGCGAAAUUCGGUCAACCUGAGGUAACAAUUGGAACAACUCCUGGAGCUGGUGGCUCGCAACGCACACCACGUGCAUUGGGCAAGUCCAAGGCCAUGGAAAUGUGCCUUACCGGCAAUAUGAUUGAUGCCCAAGAAGCAGAGAAAGCUGGAUUAGUUAGUAAAGUUAUCCCGGCUGACAAAUUGGUUGAAGAAGCGGUUAAACUAGGUGAUAAAAUUGCUAGCCAUUCACAACUGAUUGUUCAAAUGAUUAAGGAACAAGUGAACACCGCUUAUGAGACACCAUUGAAUGAAGGUUUGAAAUUUGAGCGAAGAGGAUUCCAUGCAUCAUUUGGAACGAAAGAUCAAAAGGAGGGUAUGAACGCUUUCACCGAAAAACGUGCUCCAAAAUUCAUUGAUGAAUAAGUCAUUUUAUUUUGCGAAUGCUGCGUUGAAGUCAGAACCAGAUGUUGCAUUUAUUUUUAUAUCUCUAUAAAUAUUGCCAUUAAUACACUUUUAUAAAUACA